CUCGCGCGCCCUGGCUGCGCCAAUGGAGACAUCCGCGGUCGAGUGGCCGGCAUCGCUGGAGUGGUGGUGCAGCUGUUUCCUCCGGAUAUACAUCAAAUAUUCAGAAGAAACAACAUCAGGAGCUAAAUGUUCUAUUUAAACCUGUAGUUGCUGCUCAGAAAAUAAGUAAAGAUGCAGACCCAAAGUCGGUGGUUUAUAUGUUCUUCAUGCAAGAGCAACGUACUGGAGGAGAGAAGUAAGCUGUGUUGAUCAGUGACUUUGGUGAAGGCUGAGGAAGUUGCAUUUGCAGAUGAUACACAACUUCUGAGCUUUCCAGCAGAUUUCAGAGAACCCUAUUUCCACUGUUUCAAAAUAACCCACAAGCUACAGCUCUUCUAACACCCACCUCCACAAGCAAAUGUCAGGUCUUUUUCAAGGUAAGUUGCCAUAUAUAUUACAGUAUUUAUGUACUUUUUCCAGUAUUUCAAAAUAACCCACAAGCUACAACUCUUCUAACACCCACUUCCACAAGCAAAUGUCAGGUCUUUUUCAAGAAGUCUUGCAGGGGAUUGGAGGGGUUAAAUUUAUCAUUGAGCCAUAGGAUGCUCGACUGUAAGAAGCUACUUCAGACUUGAUUGAGAAGCAUAUAACCAACAGAGAUCUUGAAGCUGGAUGCAGUCAACAAGUUUGAGCAAGGCAUUUCUUAUUGGAAGAAGAGAUUGCUGUAGAUGAAAAAAUGCCUUUGUUUAGUAAAUCACACAGAAAUCCAGCGGAAAUUGUGAAAAAUCUGAAAGACAACAUGGUCAUUUUGGAAAAGCAAGACAAAAAGACAGACAAGGCCUCAGAAGAAGUCUCAAAAUCGCUGCAAGCAAUGAAAGAAAUUCUGUGUGGUACAAAUGACAAGGAACCCCCAACUGAAGUUGUGGCUCAGCUGGCACAAGAGCUCUACAAUAGUGGGCUGCUGGUGACACUGAUAGCUGACCUACAGCUGAUAGACUUCGAGGGAAAAAAAGAUGUGACCCAGAUAUUUAACAACAUCCUGAGAAGACAAAUAGGCACUCGGAGUCCUACCGUAGAGUACAUUAGUGCUCAUCCUCAUAUCCUCUUUAUGCUCCUCAAAGGAUAUGAAGCCCCACAGAUUGCCUUACGCUGUGGAAUUAUGCUGAGAGAAUGUAUUCGACAUGAACCACUUGCCAAAAUUGUCCUCUUUUCUGAUCAAUUCAGAGAUUUCUUUAAGUAUGUGGAGUUGUCAACAUUUGAUAUUGCUUCAGACGCCUUUGCUACUUUUAAGGAUUUACUAACCAGACAUAAAGUGUUGGUAGCAGACUUCUUAGAACAAAAUUAUGACACUAUUUUUGAAGACUAUGAGAAAUUGCUUCUGUCUGAGAAUUAUGUGACUAAGAGACAAUCUUUAAAGCUGCUGGGUGAGCUGAUCCUGGACCGACACAACUUCGCCAUCAUGACAAAGUACAUCAGCAGGCCCGAGAACCUCAAGCUCAUGAUGAACCUCCUCCGAGAUAAAAGUCCCAACAUUCAAUUUGAAGCCUUCCACGUCUUUAAGGUAUUUGUGGCCAGUCCUCACAAAACUCAGCCUAUUGUGGAGAUUCUAUUAAAAAAUCAACCCAAACUCAUUGAGUUUCUGAGCAGCUUCCAAAAAGAAAGGACGGACGAUGAGCAGUUCACCGAUGAGAAGAACUACUUGAUCAAACAGAUUCGUGACUUGAAGAAAACAGCCCCUUGAAGGUCUCACCCAGUCCCUGCCACUGUCACCGUCUCAUCUGUUCAGUUUGUACAAGUGUCAUUUCACAAAGGAAUUGUUCUGAGGAAGGCUUUGGAGGUGCCUAUUUUUUCUCAAUUCAUUGCUCAAGGUAGAUGGAAUAUAAACAUUUGAAUGAAAAAAUAAUUAACCUAGAAUAAUAUAUUCACUUAAAUCAAGUCUGUGAUUAUUUAUGUGAAAUCAGAGCCAUUGUGUUAGACAUGGAGAAAAGCAGUUUUAACCUUUUGUUGACCAAAGGCAACAGGGCUGUGGGCUUGCAGACCUGAGCCUUCAGUCCCCGUGAGCCACCAAGUAGGAGCCCAAAUGAUGGACGUCACUGCGUCCUCAAAGAGGGUUAAGUUCUCAGAGGAGAGCUGGGCACUGGGGCAAGAGCUGCGAACCCAUCUUGCCUGUCUGCACUUAGAUUUCUCGAGGCACUGGAAGAUCUGAGCAAAUAAGGUUCCUGUUUUCAGUCAUUACACAUUCUUGUUCCCUGCUUAUCUUUUGACUGUACUUGGUGGUUCCCAACUUCCUAGGGAGUCAAUGCCCACCUCCCGCUCAGCCCUCCUUUCUGCUGACUGUCCCACAUUCCAUCCCAGCAGAUCUCCUCAGCACGCCUGACUCAUGGUGCGUGCACGCACGCGCACACACGCACAUGCACCCGCAGACGCAGCUCCAACCUGCAGUUGGGUUAGCAUGGAACCAAGUACAAAUAAGAUGGAUUAGCAGGGGUCACAGGGGCGUAGAGGUGUAUGACGUGCUCACUUGAGAACUUGGAACAGAUAGUGGUUAAGAACCGUAGCUCCAGCUGUAGUCACUGCUGUUUCACACUGCCUUCUCUAGGGUUAGAGACUGUGUGGGAUAUUUCAUUCAUAAUUAUCAUCAUGGGGAAGACUUUGUGGUGGUGAAAGUGCAUUUUAGAGUAGGAAUCAUUACGUUGGGACGCCCAGCAUGUACACCACCACAGGUCCAGAGGGUUGCACAGGUCUUUAGACCACUUUUAUAUAUAAGAGAACAUUGCUGCUGGAAGGGCAAAUGAUGAAAUGCAUGGAGAAAUUCUCAAACAACUAACACUGUUUUUCAGUUUAUUUUCUAAUUAGCUCUCACUUUAAUUUUCCAUCAAAGUCUUCAGUGAAAAGGUAGAAAACCUAUAAAACUUUGGUCCCAAGUAUUGUCUUGCAUACUAGGAUGAUUAAGGAGUUAAUCUGAGGGCUUUAAAAAAGGCAUAGAACCACAACAACAGAAGUCAUGAUUUGUUCAGACAUCGUGUAUAAAAUGGAAUUUUAAAGCUAUAUUUACAAGACAUUAAAGGUGCAGUUAUUAAUCUGUAUUUUUUCAAAAUUCUGUUUCCAAAUCAUGAGCUGUUGCCUUCCAUAAGGACCCCCCCUCUGUACAGGAUUGGGUGCUGUGUUCUUCAGUCCGACAUGUCUCCACUCAGAGAAGGAAAGACCCCUCUCCAGGCUCAGUGCCCUCUGUAAAUUUUGCAUCUGAAGAAUUACCUGGCAGGGCUUCAUCCUUCUUGACUGGGGCACAGGGUCAUGUUUUCUGUGCCCACGUGAAUCCCAAGAGAGAUGGUAUGGGACCUGUGGGACCUGUGGGACCUUCUCGUGGCAGCUCUAGCCAGGGCUGGCAUGGGGUGUCAGCCAACAGCCCAUCUGAUGAUCUUCAUUCUUCAGCCACUGAAGUCAGAUUCUUUUUAUAACAUUCCCUGACAGUCCAGAGUCUCUUAGAAUUUGACUUUUCUGGUUUUGCUUAUUUGAUUAAAAGAGAAGAGUGUAAAUAUUAAAAAACGAAGGCGCAGUAACCACUAGAAAUUUGUUUAGUUCCUUAAAACUGUUCCACAACAUCAUGGGACACAUGUUUUCUAUUGGAAAUCAAGGCCUGUUAUAAUUCUUUUUUAAUAAAUAAAACAUAUUUUAUUUCCUCUGGGCUUGAAUUAGCUCGUUCCUAGCAACCCCUUAUCCUAGUUUAGUCCCUGCACACAGAAAACUAGAGGCUGAGAGGCAAUAAAUGAAGUAGCUGGGGUUUUGUUGUGAUACAAAUUUGUAAACUAUUAACAUGAGGGGGGAGCAAGAAGCUCACAGUCAAAAUAUGUUUGCACAAAAUUCACUGUAAAUAUUGUGAGAAUUGAAUUCGGAAAAGGUCGUAUUUAAUAAGCUAUUUCAAAAGCACACAUUGAAAUAGAGACUGACUAAAUAAAAAGGUGCCACAUAC